AUGGGGAAGAAUCUUCUGCUGCUCCUGCUGGGCCUCUCCUUUGUGGUGGGCUUCCUGCAAGCUCUGACAUGUUUGAAGUGUGACAUGUUAAACUCUGAUGGAAUUUGUGAGAUAGGAGAAACCACCUGUGAGGCCAAGGAUGGCCAGGAAUGUAGCAUACUGGUAGCCUCUGAAGGUGAUAAUAUUCUGUUUGGGAUGCAGGAUUGUUCUUCCAUAUGCUUAAAUAAGACUUUUAACCAUUAUCAUAUAACAUUGGAUUUUACAUGUUGCCAUAACCAACUGCUCUGUAAUGAGUUUUAG